AUAAAAAUAUGUUCCUCGGUGUAACAUUUUUAGUUUUAUUAACACGUCUGCCAUAUGAAAUUCAUUCACUGCGUUCGUGCGUGCCAAACACUUACUUCGCACUAAACGAUCGUCUGUGUUGGUGUGAUCUUCAAGGUAGAUUAAACGAAGCCAAUUGCAAGACUGCCGCACGACGACAGCCUUGUCCGCCAGGCCAAGUCAUAUGGCAAGGUUGCAACCAAUGCAUUUGUCAAAACAAUGGCCAACUUAAAUGCACUAGUGCUUUUUGCUCCAACUGGGUGACAAAACCUGGUGUUAGUUACCAAGGUCUUACGGAUUAUGGUUCGAGAUGUACACCAUUCAAGUCAUACUACGUAAAUUGCAGUCUUUGCUACUGUCCUGCAUCGGGAUAUGCUUCUGAUGCACAAUGCGCUGUCGACGCAUCCUGCACUAUAGAUCACACUUCUGAUGUUAUAACAUUAACCAAACAGAACCAAUGUAUACCCAACGUAAUGUAUCUAUUACCUUGUGUCCAAUGUCUUUGCUCUGAAAAAGGAUAUUUCGCUGUCGAUAAAUGCUUAGAGAAAUGUCAGCCCCAAUCCAAUUACAAGCGGAGAUGUAUUCCAGGGACAUUAUAUAGAAAAGAAUGUGAUGUUUGUCGAUGUCCUGAUAACAGCAUACCUGAUGAAAAACUAUGCAUUAAAAAUGGUUGUGACGCGGGUACUAAAGAGGUAUAUUUACAUCCACUGAGAAGUUCUCCAAAUCAUUGCACACCGCAUGCAUUUACGGAGCCUAAAUGCAUUUAUUGUGACUGUAGCUUAGAGGGCACUGUUAAUGAGCAUUCUUGUUUAGAACUCAAUUGCUCAAAGAUAUCCGAUUUUAAAUAUUACGUUCAGACAGACAUCUGCAGUCCUGGAGAGCUUGUACCGAUUUGUAUGCAAUGCUUUUGUCCUAGCAAUCGACUCACGAAUGAAACAUACUGUACUAGAGUUUGUACAGAUAUAAGUAAAUUAAAUGUUAUUGAAAAAGUUUUGAAUGAUAGUAAAGUCGAUUUAAGUCUAAUUGACAAAAAGAAAAUUAAAAUAGUUGGAAACAGUGAAGGCUGUGAACCGAGCACUCUUUAUCUUAAUAAUGGUAAAUAUUGCUUAUGUCCAGAUAACGGUGAGACAAAUUUAAAUUUUUGUACUCAAGUUAUUGAAGAGUUUAAAUAUGAUCACUUAGAAAGUAGUCGCAUAAAAUUUGAUUCAACAACGACAUGUGAUCCAAGUACAUUAGUCGAUUUUGGGUGCAAUACAUGUUAUUGUUCUAAAGCUGGUAAGAUUGAUCCAAAAUGGUGCACAUAUGAUGACUGCGAAGCAAAAAGAAUCGUUAUGGAAUCUCAUAAAUCUCACCUGAAUACAGAACCUACUGAAAAUCCAAAUGGUGGUUGCACCCCUGGCUCUAUUUCUAAAGUUAAAUGCAAUUUCUGUAUUUGUCCAGAAAGUGGAAUUUUGAAAGAAAGGGUUUGUACAAAGAAUGACUGUUUCGAGGCUGUGGAAGUUAUAAAUGUGUUUGUUUGCGAGCCUCUUGCUUAUUACGAAGUUGACUGCAACAUUUGCUUCUGUCCGCUCGAUGGUCUUAAAAAUGUUGCUAAGUGUACUAAAAAUGCUUGUGAAAAGAGUUUCUUGAGAUCUGAUGCUUGUGGUCCUGGUCAUUUGUUCAGCGACGGAUGUAACGUCUGCGUCUGCCCACCAGAUGGAAAUAAGGCAAAUAAAGUGUGCACCAACAAUACUUGCAGCAUUCCCCGAUGGAGUACAUACAAACUGACCGACAGUUUAUUAGAAAACCAAAUUCAUGAUGAUGCAACCCGAAAUUUGGAUCUAUGUUUCCCUGGAGAAGAGUUUUCGAUGGGUUGCAAUAUAUGCGUCUGUCCAGACUUAGGGUUAAAAGUAUAUGCGAUUUGCGAACCUUUACUUUGUGACGCGAACGAGGACAUAAUUAAAGCUGGUGGUGUUUUGGACCGAAGUGAAAGAUUGGUUUGUAUUAUUGGUAAAUAA